UGGUAAGUCCACUCUCGUUUUCAGCAAUCCGGAUCGUCGAUGGACAUCUGGAACCGAGCUCGCUCCUUCGCGGAGGAAGCGGCCAAGAAAUCUCAGGAGCUCAGGCAGACAAUCGCCGCCGCCAACCUCUCCGACGUCGUCUCCGAGGCCUCCAAGCGCUCCAAGGAGCUCGCCGCCGAGGCUCUCAAGCGCGCUGAUCAGAUCACCGCUCAGAUCCCCCCCGCCGCCGCCGCCAUCACCAAUCUCGUCGACUCCGCCUCCUCCAAGCCAGGCAUUGACGCCGCCGAUCUCGAAAAGUAUGGGGUCACUGAUGAGCUGAGGGAGUUUGUCAAGGAAAUUACCAUCAAUACUUUCCAGGAUUUCCCGCUUGAAGAUGACUCACAGGUGUCUGAUGUUCCAACGGUUUCAAAUAUCCAACAGGAUCUCACGGAGUGGCAAGAAAAGCAUGCAAAGCUUGUUCUAUUAUCUGUGAAGGAAGUUUCAAAGUUAAGGUAUCAGCUGUGCCCACGAGAGAUGAAAGAAAGGAAAUUCUGGAGAAUCUACUUCAUUCUAGUUAACAGCCAUGUUGCUCCAUACGAGCAACGUUACAAUGAUGAUGUAAAGAUUAAAACUGCUGAAAAGGUGAAAGAUGCUGAAGUGAAGGAAGUUUCAUCAGGUGAAACAUCAUCUAAAACAGCAGAUGAGACUACAAAACCUAAAACCAAUAAUUUGGAGAAAAAAGCUUCUGAGCAAGAUUUAGAUGCAUUUCUUCUUGGAGAUCUUGAGGAUGGUGAUGACGGUCCAGGUACGUUAAUAAAUUGCUUUGUGAUUGUUUUAUAUGCGCGUUUUCUUUACUUCUUGAGACAGGACAUCGAAUAUUUUCCACUAUCCUUUAACUCUUCGAUUUAAUCCCUCCAAUUUUUUUAACUUCCCUUUUGAAGUA